UAUGGUCCAAAACAAUCUAUCGUACUUAGUUAUUCAUUGUAUAGAUAACAAGACGAUUGCAUUCAGUUAUCGUACUUAGUUAUCGCGCUCCACAGUGUUUUCAAUGGAGUCCAAUUGCAUUCAGUUCCUCCAGAACAAGACGAUUCUCGUCACCGGUGUUCCCGGUUUCCUCGCCAAAGUGUUUGUGGAGAAAAUAUUGAGGAUUCAACCAAACGUGAAGAAGCUUUUCCUUCUCUUGAGAGCAGCAGACAAUGAAUCAGCCAUGCAACGGUUUCAAAGUGAGGUUUUAGAGAAAGAUCUUUUUAGAGUGUUGAGGAACGCUUUAGGUGAUGAGAAUCUGAAAGCUUUCGUAUCAGAAAAAGUUGUCCCUAUUUCGGGUGAUAUUUCAGUUGAUAAUCUGGGAGUGAAGGAUUCUGAUCUCUUACAACAUAUGUUGAAUGAGAUCGAUAUCAUUGUCAAUGUCGCCGCCACAACGAACUUUGAUGAAAGAUAUGAUGUUGGUCUUAGCAUCAAUACAUUUGGACCGCUCAAUGUCCUCAACUUUGCCAAGAAAUGUGUUAAAGGGCAGUUGCUUCUCCAUGUCUCAACCGCGUAUGUGUGCGGAGAGAAGUCUGGAAUUUUACAAGAGAAAGCAUUUCACAUGGGGGAGACGUUAAACGGACAUGGAAAAUUAGUCAUUGAGACCGAAAUGGCGCUAAUUAAACAAAAACUGAAAGAGUUACAGAAACAAGAUUGUUCGGAAGAAGAGAUUUCACAGUCUAUGAAAGAUCUUGGAAUGUCAAGGGCAAAGCUUCAUGGAUGGCCAAACACAUAUGUGUUUACCAAAUCAAUGGGAGAGAUGCUUCUUGGUAGCCAUAGAGAAAAUCUUCCUAUCCUUAUCAUCCGUCCCACAAUGAUCACUAGCACUAUUUCCGAACCAUUUCCCGGUUGGAUCGAAGGGUUAAGAACCAUAGAUAGUGUGAUUGUUGCAUAUGGCAAAGGAAGGCUUAAAUGUUUUCUUGCAGAUCCAAACUCAGUCCUUGAUCUUAUACCUGUGGACAUGGUCGCAAACGCAAUGGUAACGGCUGCGGCAAUACACGCAGGGAAAUUAGGAUCUCAAACCGUGUACCAUGUCGGCUCAUCUUGUAAGAACCCGAUCACAUUUGAACAGAUUCACGAUCUCGCGGCUCGGUACUUCACCAAAAGCCCUCUUGUUGGACGCGAUGGUUCACCCAUCAUUGUCUCCAAAGGAACUAUCUUGUCCACUAUGGCUCAGUUCAGCUUCUACAUGACCCUUCGUUACAAGCUACCUUUGCAGAUGCUGCGAUUGAUAUAUGUAAUUUAUCCUUGGUGGGAUGGAAAUAAAUAUAAAGACAUUGACCGCAAAAUUAAACUGGCGAUGCGGCUAGUCGACCUCUACAGACCUUAUGUCUUGUUUAAGGGCAUAUUUGACGAUACGAAUACUGAGAUACUGCGGUUGAAAAGAAAGGAGAUUAAUAAAGAAAUGUAUGGUUUGUUCGAAUUUGAUCCAAAGUCUAUUGAUUGGGAUAAUUACAUGACGGCCAUUCAUAUUCCCGGCCUCGUCACAUAUGUACUAAAAAAAUAAAACGUUUAAGACAUGAAAAUGAGUAUUAUUUACAUUUCUUGGUUACCUAUAAAUUACUUGAACCGAGUAAAAUUGUGUAUUGGUUGGGGUUGAAAACAAAUACAAGGUGUGUACUGCC